AUGCCCGUCACUAAGUUCUCCACUCCUGAUCCGUACAACUACCUGAAUGGCCUCAACUCCUACCAUGAAUCUGAAGCUGUAAAAGGUGCUCUCCCCACCGCCCAGAACUCACCCCAAAAACCACCCUAUGGUCUCUACGCCGAAAAGCUCUCGGGCACAGCAUUCACUGCCCCCCGACACGAAAACAAGCAGACAUGGCUCUACCGCAUUUUGCCCUCCGCGGCGCAUGCAAACUAUCAACCCAUCGCAGGGGAUACAUACCACACAUCUCUCAGUAAUGCCAACGACGCCCAGAACAAAUUACAUUACAUCCCCAAUCAAUUGCGCUGGAACCCCUUUGACCUCGACGAGAAAGUCAGCUGGGUUCAUGGUCUGCACCUUGUCGCUGGUGCCGGUGACCCGACGAUGAAGUCUGGGUUGGGGAUACUGUUAUAUGCCGCUGGGAAGGAUAUGGGUAAUGAAGCGUUCUACUCGGCGGAUGGCGAUUUUUUGAUUGUGCCUCAGCAUGGGACUUUGGAUAUUCAGACGGAGCUGGGGAAGAUGAUUGUGAGGCCGAAUGAGAUUUGUGUUAUUCCGAGGGGUGUCAAAUAUCGAGUCAAACUCCCCUCUGGCCCAGUCAGGGGAUACAUCUGCGAACUCUACCAAGGCCACUAUGAACUCCCCGAACUAGGGCCCAUCGGCUCCAACGGUCUCGCGAAUGCCCGCGACUUCCAAGUCCCCGUCGCAGCCUUCGACGACGACGAUGGAGUACCAACGGAAUAUACCGUCAUUAGCAAAUUUAACAACAACCUCUUCUCCGCCAAACUCACACAUACCCCCUUCGACAUCGUGUCCUGGCACGGAAACUAUUACCCCUUCAAAUACGACCUGGGCCGCUUCAAUACCAUCGGCUCAAUCUCCUACGACCACCCAGACCCUUCUAUUUUUACCGUGCUAACCGGUCAAUCCGAUCACCCCGGUACAGCUAUUGCGGACUUUGUGAUUUUCCCUCCUCGCUGGCUUGUGGCAGAAGACACUUUUCGACCUCCUUGGUAUCAUAGGAAUGUCAUGUCGGAGUUUAUGGGUCUGGUUGCGGGUGACUAUGAUGCGAAGAUUGGGGGUGGGUUUAGGCCUGCGGGUGCUAGCUUGCAUAAUAUUAUGAGUGCACAUGGCCCCGAUACGAAUACGCAUGAGAAGGCGAGUAAUGCGACGUUGAAGCCGCAGAAGGUAGGAGAGGGGAGUAUGGCGUUUAUGUUUGAAAGCUCUCUCAUGGUAGGCGUAUCAGAAUGGGGUCUCAAGACAUGCGAGAAGGUACAAGGAGAUUACAACGCUCAAAGUUGGGAGCCUUUGAAGAGGCAUUUUGUCAAUCCUAACAAGACUGCUUAA